AUGAAUUUAAAAUAAAAAGCAAAUUUAUAUCUGAACUAAUUUUAAGAUUGUAAUCGAAAUAUUUUAAAUUCAAAUAUAAUUUGCGCCAAAUUACUCAUCAAUGAGUAUAUCUCCUCCAAAGUCAUAAUCACUUUCAGCUGGGAGAAGAAAAACUACUUUAUUAAUGUUGCCAUUUCCAAAGCCUCCUAGUGUUUCUCAUUUACCAAUUUUUAAUCUGACAAUUAACAAAGAAAAUGUAAGACCAUAAAAUAAAGUUUGAAUUAGUAUUAAUAAUCACAAUAACACAUGACAAACUCUUAAAAAAAAAGACCUUUAAACUUUAUAGAGUUAGAGUCUUAAAAGGAUCCAUAAUUAAAAUACAAAUAUCCUAUUUUUACUGAUAAUUAGGUUGGCAUAAAACUAGAAUAUUAAAAAUUAUUAUAACAAACAUAUGACAACGAUGAUGAUAUCAAUACAAGAGAAAGUGUCAUGCAAUAUUUUAUUGAAAUAUGUAGGUAGGAUUUAAUUUAAGGGAUGAAACAAAACUAAAAAAUUUAUUAUCAAAAUAGGUAAAAUUAAAUAAUUAAUAGUAGAAACCCAAUAAUUAAUUUUGCAGGAUUGUAAAAUAGAUUAAGAGAUUAAUACAAUUCAAUCGGGAAUGAUUCCAUAUGA